AUGUGCGAACUCAAAAUAUCGAUUCCCUCACUUAAUUCGAGGUUUGUACGCCUCAAUCAAUAUGAAUCAAUAUGUAAACUGACUGAUCCAUUGAACCAAGCAUUUUUAGGUAACGUCUCGAAUAUAUCCGAUGAACGAGUGGCAGGACAGGAUCAACGAUUGCCUAACGGAAAUCGGACGUACAGCUCGCAGUUCAAUCAGCUGGGAAGCAAUACGCCCAGAGAACAGGUUCAUGCUACGCCCGCUUAUUCCAACCACACUGAUUCGAUCGGCGACGUACGUGGAUGUGCCAAUCCGCGCAUAAACAUCCAGGUGCUUUCGUUUAGCUCAAUUGGUUGACU